GGUACUGUGUUCAACCACUGGCAUUACAGGGCUGCUUGGGCAGAAUAAUAAUCAACGCUUGAAAAAUUGCCGUUCAUCUCCGUCAGUGAAAAAGAAGAACAGAACUUGGGAGGCACGCAAGCCUGUCGGAAUACGGUGUCAUCGUUCGUACAAGAUCCUGGACUCUCCGUUGCCGUUUCGCUCCUCCCAUACUUUCUUGAUUUCUCGAAAACAAGACAUCACCACUUCUAUUACUUUGUUGGCAUUCCUGUCUAUUACUAUUCUAUUACUACCAGUAUCACAAUGAACUACUUUCCCAAGUCUGUCUUUUUCUUGUUGGCCCUCGUGGCGGCACCUUCUGUGGCAACGAACGAAGGAUUGGAGGUUGCUGAACACUUGGAACUGGGCGUGGAGCUCAUGGCCGAAUUCCAUUCGUGGGUAGACGAGCACGAAAAGUCAUAUGACAGCCAUGAGGAGAAAUUGAAGCGUUUGCAGAUCUGGGUCGAGAAUAAUGAACGCAUCCAACAACACAAUGACCAAGAUCCUCCUCCUAGCUUCACAUUGGGCCACAACCCGUUCUCGGACAUGACCCAGGAUGAAUUCCAGAGGCAUUUCAAGUUGGGUCCCUACAGUCAAGUGCCUCCACGCACGGCCGGAGCCGGUGAAACCUUUGAGGCAUUUCAUAAUGCCAUUCGUGGAUUGGAAGAGGAGGCUCCUGCCGAUGGUGUCAAUUGGGUUGGACUGGGAGCCGUCACGCCGGUCAAGGAUCAAGGAAUGUGCGGCUCUUGCUGGGCAUUUUCCACCACGGGUGGAUUGGAGGGAGCCAAGUUUAUCAAGACGGGGGAACUCGUCCCUCUGUCGGAACAAAACUUGCUGGAUUGCGACCACAAGGAUCUGGGAUGCAAUGGAGGAUUAAUGGACAAUGCUUUCAAAUUUGAUGAGAAAUCGGGUGGAUUGUGCUCCGAAGCUGAUUACCCCUACAAGGCCAAACAGGGCAAGACGUGCCUCACCAACUGUACCGAUGUCCCAGGAUCCAUUGUCAAGACAUUUACUGAUGUCCCUCCAGGUAGCACCAAGGCUAUGGUUUCCGCCCUUACCCUUCAGCCCAUCUCGGUGGCCAUUCAAGCCAACCAGUUUGUCUUCCAAUUCUACAAGCACGGUAUCAUUUCUGACGACUCGUGUGGCAAAGCUGGAAAUAUUGAUCAUGGUGUUCUCGCUGUUGGCUAUGGCACUGACCCAGAAACUCAGGAACCCUUCUUUAUUGUCAAAAACUCCUGGGGUGCCAAGUGGGGAGACAAGGGGUAUGUCAGGAUGAGCCGCAACUCCAAGAACAAGUACGGAAUGUGCGCCAUCUUGAAGAUGGCUUCCUUCCCUGAAACCGAGUAAACUGACCGCACGGCGUAAAGCAUGAUUGUCGGCUACGAAAAACGAUGCUGACUGUAUAACCAAAAAUUGCAUUACUUGAGUAAAUUGGAUAAAGCAACAACACACCCCAAGGAAAGUUCAUGCAGGCCUGGCAUGAUAGAUUGUUAAUUCUAGGUUGACGUUUUCCUUGCAGGUUAGUUUGCCGCACAAGAAAGUGAUGCCUCCGAGGGGGGCACAUUUUACGAAUGGCUCCACCAUAGAAGGGACCAGACUCCAGUAGCGUCACUUUGGAAGUCGUGCUUGUGUAUCAGUGCCAC